AUGGCGUCUGUUUCACUGUGUCCCCAAAAGUGGGCUGUGUGGAUACUGCUGCUCGUAUCUUGCGCCAACGCGUUCUACAUCCCUGGAUACUCCGUAACCCGGUACAACGACAACGAUCCGAUCCCAUUACUCGUCAACAAGAUCUUCUCCGAUAAUACCCAAUUGCAGUAUGCCUAUUUCGAUCUCCCUUUCGUCUGCCCACCAAGCGGGAAAACACACGGCGGUUCGCCAUUUGGGUCUGGCCAGAGCGUCUCCUUGAACCUCGGAGAGGUACUGCGUGGCGAUCGAAUCAUGACAUCCGAUUUUGAACUCGCUAUGGGCAAAGAUCUUGAAUGCCAGGCGCUCUGUACCCGUGAAGUCGGUCGGUCGGACGUGAAGUGGGCCCGCCAGCUCGUCAAGGAGGGAUAUGUGAUUGAGUGGAUCGCGGAUAACCUACCAGGGGCUACUAGCUUCGUCACCGUGGACCGGAGUCGCAAAUACUAUGCCUCUGGGUUCAAGCUUGGAUAUCGGGAUAUUUCCCCAGUCAGCGGACAGCCCCGGUACUUUAUCAACAACCACUUCACGAUCGUGAUCCGCUGGCGGAGCGCACCAGAAGGGGGCAAACUUGUUGUUGGAUUUGAGGUCUACCCGAAAAGUAUCACCGCCGAGGAUCGCACAGAGUCGGGUUGCCCUAAAGCUGUUCACAAGGAUAACGAGGGACUGGGGCUGUACCUACCGCCCAAUCUUUCUCGGAUGCAAGAGAAAUACUCUGGACUAUCCUAUAUUCCAGAGGAUGAUGAAGAUGAUGACGGAGCGACAUUAAAGAUACCUUACACUUACUCUGUUUACUUCCGGGAGGACACCAAGAUCGACUGGGCCAGCCGCUGGGAUCUGUACUUCACAAACCAAGGUGAAAGCUCCAUCACCCAUUGGCUAGCCAUCCUCAACUCCCUGACCAUCUCGACUGUGCUGGGGGUGACGGUCUUUGUCAUCUGGAGUCGCACCGUGCAAGGUGACCUCAAAGGCCGUGGCGAUGGAGCCAUGGAUGAUCGCAAAACAAAGGGUCGAACCCGGCAAAGGAGCGAGAAGAAAGGCGAUGGAUCUUUGGAAGAUAACGAUGUGGAACGUGAUGCGGACUACUCGGACGAUGAAUCCGUUGAAGACACAGCCGGCUGGAAGCUUCUGCAUGGCGACGUAUUCCGCACUCCUGCCCACAGUGGCCUUCUCGCACCCUUGGUCGGCUCUGGCAUGCAGUUGUUGUUCAUGGCUACUGGCUUGCUCUUGCUCAGUUGCCUGGGUGUCCUGAAUCCUAGUUAUCGCGGUGGUUUUGUGAGUGUCGGUAUGGGUCUGUUCGUGUUUGCUGGUGUCUUCUCCGGCUAUUUCUCGGGAAGACUCUACAAGACCUUCGGUGGAAAUGCUUGGCGCAAAAACACCUUGAUUACUGCUUUGCUAUUCCCCGGUCUUGCGUUCUGUCUCAUCUUGCUCCUGAACUUGUUUGUCUGGGCCCAAGCAUCUAGCACGGCAAUCCCAUUCAGCACCCUGAUCGGUCUUCUUGCUAUGUGGCUACUGAUUCAAGUACCAUUGGUAUACCUUGGAAGCUGGGUCGGCUACGUGCGCGCAAAACCUUGGGAGCACCCCCUCAAGACGAACGCUAUCUCUCGGCAAAUCCCAACUCAGCCUUGGUACCUGCGUGUACCCAUCGGUCCUAUCAUGACAGGUCUGGUCCCAUUUGCGGUCCUUUUCAUCGAACUGCUUUUCGUCUUCAAGAAUCUCUGGCAGGACAAGACUGGAUACUACUAUGUCUUCGGGUUCUUGAGCGCUGUUUCGGUCGUGUUGAUAGUAACGGUGGUUGAAGUGACCGUGAUUGCGACAUACAGUCAGCUUUGCUCCGAGAACUAUCAUUGGUGGUGGCAGAGCUUCCUCACCGGCGGCAGUAGCGCAUUCUGGAUUUUUGCAUACUGCAUUUGGUAUUACCUUUUCAAGCUCCAUAUCACUGGGUUUGUUUCAAGCCUACUUUUCUUUAGCUAUAGCUUCCUUGCCUGUGCUGUCUAUGGCCUUCUGACAGGAACCGUCGGCUUCUUGGCCGCUUAUGCCUUCGUCCGGCGUGUUUAUGGGUAUGAUACUCGUCAAAUGCUAUGA